AACGUUGAGCCUAGCAAGGUAACAAGUUUCUUUAACGAUGCUUCCCACUCUCCUAGUUGCAUCAUCACUGCCUCUAUUCGCUGUGGCGCAGAGCGCAGCGAGCCUUGCAUAUACCCCUGUCUAUGACGCAUGCCCGAGCGGGUUUACUCUUGUUCGACAAGCGGGCUCCAAUGCUGCUGGCAACCAGACUCUAAAUUCUCAAGAAACUGCGUACAUCAACGGCCGCAAAUCAAACGUCUUGCCUAAUGCAUGGAAGACAUAUCUCUCCAAUCUCGAGGCUACUAAUACCUCGUUACCUUCAUAUGUCUCUGGCAUCCUCAGUGGCAACAGCAGUGGCUAUCCCAACUUGGGAAUCGCGUGCAGCGGGGGAGGUUGGAGAGCUUCUAUGUUCGGCGCUGGUGUCAUGAAUGCACUGGAUGGUCGUAAUACGGCAUCUGUCGCGUUAGGUACAGGUGGUUUGCUUCAGGCAGCCCAGUACCUUACAGGUCUGUCUGGUGGCGCAAACCUGGUAGGAUCGUUGGCUCAGGCCAACUUCCCUACUAUGGAUGUCCUAGCCUUUGGCACGAAUUCGACAGACCCCACAAACGCAUGGGGCGGAUGGUUGGCGCAGAUCAAUCAAGAGGCCCCAUAUGUCAACACGACUCAGAACAAUGAAUACAUCCAACUGCUCGUCGAGGAAGUACGCGGAAAGUUUGAGGCAGGGUUUGCUGUGUCCUAUGUGGACGUGGUUGCACGCGACAACGGGCGUCAUUUUGUGAACGGUACUGAUGUCAAUAACUUCUUUGACGAGUCGCUGGUGCACGGAGCGGGAUACACCUGGUCAGGCGUCGCAAAUAUCUCGACUUUCCUGUCAUACGAGCAACCGUUCCCCAUUCUCGUUGCGACGCUGUUAUCUCCCAACGGAAAUAUGUCCACCGUCAUCCCUAAUUCGUCCUUCAUCAUUCCAACCUCGAACCCUAUCAUGGAGCUCAACGUUUAUGAAAUGGGGUCGUAUGAUCCUACCCUUGCCGCGUUUACACCCAUGAAAUACUUGGGAACAAUGAACGAGUCUAUCUGUGCCACCAAUUAUGAUCAGACAGGUCUUAUCGCGGGAGCUUCUGGUGAUUGGAAUACGUAUUAUAAUACAUCGGAAUCGACCCUAGUCAGCUCCUCGAUGUACCCGAUAAUUGAGAUUCUUAACAAUACACUCCCCCAAACCAAUAUUGUCCUUGAUGGCACGCUCUUCCCAAACUCUUUCCAUGGUGCCGCUACAGAGGGCACGUUCAUUGACGCGGGCGAAACAAUAAUCGCGAUGUCCGACGGCGGAAGUGAUGGAGAGGCAGUUCCGAUCCAGCCUUUGCUGGUCAAGGCUAGAGGGGUUGACACCAUUUUUGCCAUUGACUCUAACCAAGACUGGGCAAACGCAUAUUGGUCUGCCGGUGGUUCUCUUAUUAACACACAAACUCGCAUCAACGCUCUCUUCCCCACCGAAUACUCAUUCCCUCCAGUCCCAACCAAUGUCUCCGAGUUCAUUGCCCAGAACCUCUCUACGAGGCCAACUUUCUUCGGAUGUGAUUCCAGCACGGAAGCACCGUUGAUAAUCUAUUUAGCCAACGGUGGUCCACCGAGGGAUGGCCAGACGCCACUGACGAAUGUCUCGCCCAAUAACGUCACAACCGAACAAAUGCAGGCGUUCCUCAACCAGACUUUCACGAUCGCUACGCAAGGAAACCCAGCAAACGCAAGUAGCGCGAUUGACCUUGAGUGGCCUGCGUGCCUUGCAUGUGGAGUUGUGGACCGUGCGCGGAAUAGGAGUGGGGUGGAGAGAAGUGGGGUGUGUUCUGGUUGCUUUGAGCGAUAUUGCUGGAAUGGUUCGACGUAUGGGUUGGAGGUGACCAGUGAUGCUGACACCUUGUACGUUAAUUCGGGUUUGAGGGUGGCAGGAGUGGUGGCUACGUCCUUGAUUUUCCUGGCUUUCACCUGAUUAAGUCUUAUAAGACCCUUUAUUACAAUUAUCACAAUGAC